AUGUCGCUCGAAGCAACCAUGAUCAUCGUGGAUAAUAGCGAAAGCAGUAGAAAUGGAGACUAUACCUCGACAAGAUGGCAAGCACAGAUCGACGCCGUCAGCGUUAUUCACACCGCCAAGAUGCGCGUACAUCCCCAGUCAGCCGUCGGACUUAUGAGCAUGGGUGGAAAGGGCCCUGAGGUUCUGUCGACAUUCACCUCCGACUUUGGUGCUAUCCUGGCCGGUCUGCACCGCACUAAGAUCCACGGCACUGCCCACCUUAGCUCCAGUAUACAAGUGGCCGGUCUCGCUUUGAAACAUCGUUCCGAGAAGUCCCAACGCCAACGCAUCAUCGUGUUCUCGUGCUCUCCGAUCGAAGAAGAUGAGAAGUCAUUGGUUAAGCUGGCUAAGAAGAUGAAGAAGAACAAUGUAUCUAUCGAUGUUAUUGCCUUCGGAGACCUCGAAUCCGAUCAAACUAAGAAGCUGGAGGCGUUCGUCGAGAACGUCAAAGGCGGCGACGGCUCACACCUGGCCAUCAUCCCUCCUGGUCCGAAUCUGUUGAGCGAGGAGCUUCAAAUGACUCCCAUUCUAGGCGGCGAUGGUGCUGGAGCAGGCGACGCAGGUGCAGGUGGUGAAACCGGCGAAUUUGGAUUCGAAGAUGCAGCUGAGAAUGAUCCCGAAUUGGCGUUCGCCCUACGCUUAUCCCUGGAAGAAGAGAAGAACCGGCAAGAGAAGGAAAAGCGGGAGCGGGAGGAGCAAGAACGCAAAGCCAACCUGGAUAACAUUCCUGAGGAAGGACAAUCAGGUGAAUCGAGCGGGAGCAAAGAUAAGAAGGAGGACGGUGACAAGAUGGACACCGCGUAG